AUGCUGACUCAACUUAAAACUAAUUCAACAAAUCGACGAACUUUACAAAAACAUUUAUUAAUAAAAUAUUUAAUAAAUGGAGUUGCAAAACCUUCAUUAAAAGCUUUUAUUUAUGCUUAUCUUUAUUUAGUAUUACCAAAAGUUUUAGGACAAAUUAUAAGUGCUAUCAAAAAACAUAAAUAUAAUAAAAUUUAUCCAAGAGUUAAAAAGACAAUGAUAAAAGCUUUACAUAUUAGAAAAUUUCCAAUGUUUUCUGCAAGUUUAAUUGCUGGUAUAAAUAUUUUAGAACCAAUAAUUUAUGGAUUAUUAAAAAAUAAUAAAAAAUUUAAAUCACCAUCAAGUAAAUUAUUUAUAUCAACUUUAAUUUCUUCAUUGAUUUCAGCAUUGAUUACUUUUCCUUUAUAUCAAAAUCAUGUAGUACAAAUUGGUAGAUAUAAUUCAUUAGAUUUAACUUUAUUAGUUACAACAAGGGCAUUAGAUACUGCUUUUUCUUCAUCAUUAUCUAAAAUUGUUCAUCCAAAUUUAUCAAAAUAUGGUGAUGCUUUAUUAUUUAUUUUAAGUUGUACUCCUAUAAUGUUUUGUUGGUUUUUUUAUCCAGAAAGAUUACCUCCUGCUUAUUCAAAAUGGAUUACUUCUGCUGCUAAUAUGGAUCCUGAUUUUAUAGAAGUUUUAAGAUUAGUUAGAAAUAAAGAUUUAAUUUAUGGUCAACAUGGACCAUAUGAAGAUUUUUUAGGUCCUUAUUUUGAAAGAUAUGGUAAAGAUCCAAAAAGAGGUAAUACUGUAAUUAAUCAACCUAUUGAAUGUGAAGCUGUACAUGCUUUUAAAACAAAAAGUUGUGAAUUACAUGCUUUAUGGAGAUUUUGGAGAGGUUUUAAAUUUGCUGCAACUGUUUAUUUACCUUUAAAUUUAUUAAUGUUAUUAUUCCCACUGAAAAUUAAAAUGUCAGCAAGAUUGAUUCGUGCUUUAAAAUCUUCAAUUAGAUCUUCGUGUUUUUUAGGUGCUUUUAUUGGAUUUUAUUGGUAUGCUGUUUGUUUAGCAAGAACAAGAAUACUUCCAUAUUUAUUCCCUAAAGUACCUAAAGUUCGUUGGGAUGAUACAAUUUGUCCUGCUGCUGGAGCAUUAGCUUGUGGGUUUUCAUCAUUUGUUGAAACUCCUCAAAGAAGAAAAGAAUUAGCAUUAUUUGUUGCACCAAGAGGUUUAGGAACUUUAGUAUCUUCAGAACCUUCAGAAAGAAAUUUAAGAAUUGAAAGUAUUGUAUUUUCAAUAAGUUUAGCUAUUUUAGUUGCAUAUUCAAGAAGUAAAUCUUCAAGUGUUAGAGGUAUUUUUGGGAAAGGGUUAAAACAAAUAUUUAAUGUAAACACUUAUAAUUAG